AUGAGUCAUCCACCCGUUCCCUCGAAGCAUACUUUUGCUGGUGUGCCGUUCUUCCAGCAGCUGCCGAAGCUGCCGUCGUUGGAAGGCACAGACGCAGCGCGUGCGCCGCAGGAUGCGUUCCGUCUGGCGAUUGCGGCGCAGCUCUCGGAGGUGCUGGGCAUCUCGCUGCAGGAUGCGUUCCUGGCUGUGGCCCCUGGUGGGAAGGAGGCGGACUUUAAAGUGGUUCUGCCGCGUUUCCGUCUGCCGGCCAAGAUCGAUGAGCUGCAGGCCAAGGUGCUUGAUGCAUUCCAGCCCAACGAGUACAUCGAGUCCGUCUCGAAGCAGGGCCCUGCUGUGCUGUACAAGGUGAACAAGUCGACGCUCGUGAAGCUUGUACUGUCGACGGUCCACGCCAUGACGUACGGCGACGGUGCUGCGACGGAUGAGCAGGGCAACAAGCAGCCGUCCUAUGGCUCGAACUACUCGGGGGAUGGCAAGUCGGUGAUUGUCGAGUUCUCCUCGCCGAACAUUGCCAAGCCCUUCCACGCUGGUCACCUGCGCAGCACGAUUAUCGGUGCGUUCUUGGCGAACUUGUACGAAGCGAACGGCUGGCAGGUGCGCCGCUUCAACUACCUCGGUGACUGGGGUAAGCAGUUUGGCUUGCUGGCGCUCGGCUGGCGCCGCUUCGGCGACGAAGCGAAGCUGAAGGCGGACCCUGUGCAGCACCUGUUUGACGUGUACGUGGAGAUCAACCGCCUCGCCUCGGAGGGAGAGGAAGGCGAGAAGAUUCAUGAGGCUGCGCGUGAGUUCUUCAAGGGUAUGGAAGAAGGCAAGGAGGAGAACCUGACUGAAUGGCGUCGUUUCCGCGAGCUCUCGAUUGAAAAGUACAAGGAGACGUAUGCGCGUCUCAAUGUGCACUUUGACGAGUACCGCGGUGAAUCGAGUGUGAAGCUGACCGACCUGGAGACGACGCUGCAGCAGCUGCGUGAGGCGCCCUUCACGACGCGCGAGGAGAACGGUGCGCUGCUUGCUGACCUGACGCCAUACAAGCUGGAGAAGGCUGUGAUUGAGCGCAAGGAUGGUACGCCGCUGUAUCUGACGCGUGACAUUCGCGAGGCCGCGCAGCGGUACGACCAAUACCACUUUGACAAGAUGAUCUACGUGAUUGCCUCCCAGCAGGAUCUGCAUGCGGCGCAGCUGUUCAAGAUUCUCGAGUUGAUGGGCUACCCGUGGGCGAAGAAAGAGGAUGGCCGUCUGCUGCACAUCAACUUCGGUAUGGUGCAGGGCAUGUCGACACGGAAGGGCACCGUGGUGUUCCUCGACCAUAUUCUCAACGAGACGAAGGAUGCAAUGCACGAUGUCAUGCGCAAGAACGAGGAGAAGUAUGCACAGCUCGAGGAUCCAGAGGGAACCGCGGACAUUGUCGGUAUGACUGCGAUCAAGAUCCAGGAUAUGGCCGGCAAGCGUAUCAACAACUAUGCGUUCGACUGGAAGCGCAUGUUCUCGUUUGAGGGCGACACGGGUCCCUACCUGCAGUACAACCACGUGCGUCUGUGCUCGAUGGAGCGUACGAACGCGGAAGAUGGCCUCGUGCUCCCGAAAGCCGACCUAGACUUGGCCUCGAUGCAGACGGACCGCCUUGCGUCGACCCCAGAAGCGAUUGAGCUGGUCUGGCUCAUCGCGCAGUGGCCGGAUGUCGUGCGCACAGCGAGCCGCGACCACCAAGCCUCGACCAUCGUGACAUACUGCUUCAAGCUGACGCACGCCAUCUCCUCGGCGUGGGAGAAGCUGAUUGUCAAGGGCCAGGAACGCGAGGAGGCGCUCGUGCGUCUGUGGCUCUACCGCUGUGCGAAGGAUGUGCUGGGCAGCGCGCUGCGUCUGCUCACCAUUACGCCGCUGGAGCGCAUGUAA